AGAAAUUUGGAUGGAGCAUAGUCCCUUGGAUUUUUUCACCAAUAUGGUGCACCACACAACAGACCUUUUUUCUCAGACAUGGCAGCCCUUUUUGAGUUACUUGGACAAAGAUUUGUCUGCUAUCUUAACUAGGGCGUUUGUUUAACCAGGAUGGUUAGGUUUGCUGAGCCCUGGAGGGGGGGACUCCUGAGUUUUUUUGUUUGGGAGCUUUGAGUCGAGCAUCGUUAUGUUGUGCUGUGUGUGUUCUUUUGGGUUUUUUUAUUACUCACUUAUCUAUUGAUGUUGUUUUGCAGGGUUUGGUUUUGUAUUAUAGAGUAGGUUAGUAGUUAAUAGACAGUAGUUGUAUUGCAAUUUAUGUUUUCUUAUUAUGCUGAUAUUGUUAUAUUUUUAAUAACUUUAUCUUUUUGUAAAGUAAAAACGUUUUUUUGUUAAUAAAUAUAUUUACAAAAUAAAGAUGGGGUUGUCAUUUCCGCUUUAAGGCAAUGUUCCGGAUCUUGGCAGGAGGUUGAGAAGCAGAGAUGGUGAUUCGGAGGGGACGGAGCAGCUCAGGGCUCCGCUCCCUGUCUUUCUCAAGGAAGCUCUCCUACUUCGACGGCGAGUUCGAGAGGUUGUACCAGCGCCGGCUUCUCCCCGCCUCCGCCUCCGAAUACUGCCGGCUCAUGGAACCCCUGCUCCGGUGCUGCUCACCCCCAAGCCGCCGCAGCGGUAGCCGGGCCCAGGGCAGGAUUGCUCUCGGAGCUGGCGUCCUCUUCCUGCUCGGCUGCCUCCUGCUCCACAGCCGCCCCUGUUCCAGAUUUCUCAGUUACUGCGGCCGGGCUUUGCUGAUUCAGCUGCUGCCUUACUGGGACUGGACACUGUACUCCAAUACUGACUGCCUGAUCAGGAACCCUUAUUACUUUGAGAGAGGCCUUGAGUCUUUGCAGCUCACAGACUGCAUCACUGUAUGUCAACAAUAUCCAAAAGUGGAAUUUCUGCACAAAGUAGAUCCAAAAGUUGUUCUCCAGAAUUAUCUACGUCAGAAUCUACCUGUCAUCAUAACAGAUGGGGCAGAAGAAUGGGUUGCACAGAGAGAGUUUACUGUGCCAUUCAUAACUCGGAAUUGCAACAAAGCAGCUGCGAAGGUAAUCCGUGCAUUUUAUCAACGACCCUACUUCCUCCCUCCGGUAGUGGAACUGGCAGAGUCCAACUGGUUGCUGAUGGCAUCACAAGAAGAGAACGGUGCUGUAGAGGACACAUUUGUAAAGGUGAAAGAUCAUGAUGGGGACUUGUUGAUGUGGAUCGCUCAGCUACAGGGGAUCUUUGAAGUUCAGCUCUUGCCCAAGGACAUAUGUGCAAGCAAAUGUACUCAUUUUACCUUGAAGCUCUCUCCUGGAGAGAUAGUUGCUAUACCACUUCAGAUGUGGGAGGUUCAGUAUCGUCCAUUUAGUUCCAUUGCCAUAGGACUUGCUGCAACAGGUAACUGGCUUCAAGAUCCCAGGUAAUGAUGCAAGAAGUGAUUCCACAAGGCCGUGUAUCUUGCUUCAAGAAAUAUCUGAUUUGGACUGGCCAAGUUGGUGCCUGCAUCUCUGACCUUGAAUAUCCUUGGAGACCAUCUAUUUUUAUUUGCCUUGAUAUAGCUGUGAAGUUUAAAUCCUCAUUUUUGUGGGGUUUCUGCAAGUUCAAGUUGGUCCACUUAAUGAAAAGGGACAUGUAGACUUCAAGCAACCAUCAUGGUCGAGGCCCAAAUUAAUUCAGAAUUAUAAAAGAAAUGCUAGUGAGUUGGAUAUUUUAUUUAUGCAUUAAAAAGCUGGUCCACUGGUACAAAUCAUAAUUAACAAUGAAAUACUGAACCUUAUAUUCAAAGGAUCUGCAGUACAGAAAUGGGAAAGUGAUGCUCCUUCGGUUGUGCACAACAUUGACAAUGGUCCUCAAGAGCUUUGCAAAGAGCUUUAAUCAUCGUACCUCAGAAACGAUACUUUGGUUUAGGAGGGAAUUUGUUAUAUAUUCAUCAGAAUAAUGCAGGGGUUGAGAGGGUUAAAUUUGAGGACAAGAUGCCUCAACUUUAGAAGGUUAAGUGAAAACCUGACAAAGAUAGUUUCUUCAUAGCUACGCCUAUCUUUGAUUGAGGAAUCGAGAAUAGGAAUCUUAAAAUUGGAACUACCCCACUUAAGAGUAUCAGAAAGGACAUUUUUUCCAGUGAAAUCUGGAACUACUUAAAGGCUGUGGAUAGUGGGAUUAUUGAAGUUUUCAAAACUGAGUUCAAUAUAUGUUUUUUAUGUCAGUAUAUCAAAGGAUUGAGUAAAAAUGGAAGUAAGGUACAGAUCAAGCAUGAUCUAAUAAAGUUGUGGAAAACCAAAAAGAGUUGAAUGGGCUGAUCCUGUUCCUUUGAUUAAAAUUUUGUUGGUAUACUUCCCUUCAGCUGUCCGUAAUUUUCCUUUCAAAGUGUUUAAAAUAAGUCGUUUCGUCUUGAUAAACAUCAAAAUGUAAUAAAUCUUUCUGCUUUUAGAGCUAAACUACAGGAGGGCAGCAUGGCAGGAAUUGAUUUAUUUUUAAAUGGAGACAGAGGACUGCCAAUCUAAGGAGGAGGGGUACUAAUCUCCUGUGGGAGACAUGUAUUUGAAGGAGCUACAGUUUGAAGGAGAAAAAGAUCUGAACAUUUUUCUUCAGCAGUGGAGAAUGGGUACAGAGCUGUACAGGGGAUUGUGGAUGUGAACAGACAAUGGCAGUUCUCUAUAGGAAAAUCUCCAUGUCAUGAUUGGAAAAGCAUUUCAAAUAUAAAAGGAGAAGGGAAUUUAGAAAACAGUUGGAGGAAGGGAUCUGUGGAUCUUAGAGAAACCCUGAAGAAAUAUGGCUGCAGAUCUUUUGGAGGCAGAGACUGUUGAUUUCUGCAAAAUUAUAAGUGUUGAGAUUCAUCAAAUGAGAAAUGAGUUUAUUGAAAGUUUUUUGGAUUGAGGGAUACUACUGUUCUUGAAUUAAAGUAAUUUAUCUAGUUUACUUUCUACUUAGUUAACUCGCAUUCUAUCACUUGCCUCUUAUUGUUUGGUUACGUUGACAUAUAUAUAAACUGAGGUUAAUCCAAGGGAUACGGUUUUGUUCAUAGCUCAGGGAUUCUGCGAACAGGGUUUUAUGAGGAAUGGUAAAUCAGAAAUAGAGUGCAACUGUGGAAUGGUCAAUUGCAAGGUGAGAGAUUCAAGGAAAAGGGAUCAGUAAAUAGAGCUGAAACAUGCACUGAGUAUCCUAGUUACGACCAGGUGAGAAGGGGUGAACUGGCUCCCGUCUGUUCAUCCUCCCCGCCCUAUCACAACAAACGUUUGUAUACUUUUACAUUAAGCCAUACUGCUCUCUAAUUAAAACUAGAGAAUUUUUUUUUGCUGUGAGCAACAAGGAGCCAAUCAGCAAAGCUUCCUUGAGUCAAGGAAAGAGCAGAUUUAUUAACUGACUGUUAAAGCAGAGGAAAAUAAAAGCACUUGGGUUCCCUCUUUUCCUCUCUCUCUCUGUUUUAAGGGGAAUAGUAAGGAAGAUGAAAAAUUAUACAGUUUAGAAGUCUUUGUGUGUCCUUGAGACAGCAGGACAACAUGGUGGCUAGGUGGUUAGCGCUGGUGGCUCAGCAGUUAGCACUGCUGUUUCACUGCGCCUGGAACCUGGGUUCGAUUUCACCCUCAGGUGACUAUCUAUGUAGAGUUUGCCUGUUCUCCCCAAAGAUGCAUGGGUUCCCUCCAGGUGCUCUAGUUUCCUCUCUCAGUCCAAAGAUAUACAAACUAGGUGGUUUGGCCAUGCUAA